UUGUUUUAUUUCUGUUCGUGGGUAUGUUAGGCAGGUUAGUUCUCUCACAUGAGCUUCGCGGGUAUCAAAUUAUGUAGUAGUCUAGUAGUUCGUUUGUACCUAUAUGUGUUUACAGUUGUAGUAGUUGCACUAUGAGCCACGUUUUCUGUCUACGAGGAAAUCGUGUAUAUAGCUAGCUAGCUAGGCCUCCCGUUGCUCGAUCUAGGCGAGGGUGUGCUAGCUCCGUAUUCUCGGUUUAUUUUCUUUCUAUGUGGGUUAACUACUAUGAAUGGAGGAUAAAUGUGGCCGAAGGCUGACAGCAGCAGUUUCGUCCUUGUCCUGUCUCUCCUGUUUGUUUUGACCCUAACGGAUCCACCACGGACAGGCCCUCGGCUAGCGUUGGCCAGGCUACUGUCAGAGCUGCGCUGCAGCCCUGGGCAGUUCGCCUGCCGCAGUGGGAAGAUGCAGUGCAUCCCGCUCGCCUGGCAAUGCGACGGCUGGACCGCCUGCGACGACAAGAGCGACGAGAUGGACUGCCCUCCUGUGAAGGAGGAGCGCUAUCGCUAUGGUAACGGCUAUGAGCAGGUGGAAGACGUGAUGGGGGUGGCCCAGCCGGUACGCUUCAACAAGAAGUGUCCGAGCGGCUGGCACCACUACGAGAAGACGGCCAGCUGCUACAAGGUGUACCUGCGCAACGAGAACUACUGGCAGGCCGUGGACACCUGCCAGAAGGUGAACGGCUCGCUGGCCACCUUCGUCACCAACGAGGAGCUGCAGUUCAUCCUCAAGAUCGAGGUGGACUUCGACGACAAGGUCUGCGGACGCAAGGACCAGUGCAAGUUCUGGGUGGGCUACCAGUAUGUCAUCACCAAUCAGAACCACUCCAUCGAGGGACGAUGGGAAGUGGCUUUGGCUUACAAAGUGAGUGAGCGCGGUGGUCCUCCAGUGCCGCCGGGCUCCAUGCAGGUGUUCCUGCCCCCCGAGGGCCUCGCCAGCCUGGGGGGAGAGGAGGCGCUGCCCCCCCAGGACAACGUCUUCUGUGCCCAGCUGCAGCGCUUCCAGAUGAAGAGCAUGAACGAGCGCGGCCUGCACAGCUGGCACGCCGAGAACUGCUACAAGAAGUUCCCCUUCCUCUGCAAGCGGAGGCAGACGUGCGUGGACAUCAAGGACCAGGUGGUGAACGAGGGCUACUACUUCACCCCCAAAGGGGACGACCCCUGCCUGAGCUGCACCUGCCACGACGGGGAGCCCGAGAUGUGCGUGGCGGCCCUGUGCGAGCGCCCCCAGGGGUGCCAACACUUCCGCAAGGACCCCAAGGAGUGCUGCAAGUUCACCUGCCUUGACCCUGAUGGCAGUAGUCUGUUUGACUCCAUGGCCAGUGGGAUGCGUCUGAUCGUGAGCUGCAUCUCCUCCUUCCUCAUCCUCUCCCUGCUGCUCUUCAUGGUGCACCGGCUCCGGCAGAGGCGCCGCGAGCGCAUCGAGACCCUCAUCGGAGGCAACCUCCACCACUUCAACCUGGGCCGGCGCGUGCCCGGGUUCGACUACGGCCCGGACGCCUUCGGCACGGGCCUGACGCCGCUGCACCUGUCGGACGACGGCGAGGGCGGGGCCUUCCACUUCCAGGAGCCGCCACCCCCCUACGCGGCCUACAAGUACCCAGACAUCCAGCACCCCGACGACCCCCCGCCCCCCUACGAGGCCUCCAUCAACCCCGACUCACUGCUCUACGUCGACCUGGCGAGGAACGGUAUGCCGGUGAGCAUGGUGGCUAUGGGCAUGACUGAUCCAGUCGAUGACCAUCACCACCACCACCACCAUCACAUGGCCAUGUCCCCCCCUCCCCCGCCGCUGCCCCCUCCUCCGCCCCCCCAGGAGCGAGAGGACUCCAUCGACAGCAGCACCUUCCUGGUGGGGCCCGACACCCCCACCGAGGGCCAGCCACCCCACCCCGACCACGACCCCCAUAACCACCACCACCACCAGCAGCAUCACCACCACAACCAGGGCCCCCCAGGGGACGACACCCCCGACAGCCCGGACUGCAGCAGUGCCCCCACCCUCAGCACGGUGGUAUAGACCCCACCACCACCACCCAACAACCACCGCCACCCAACUACCACCACCCUCCCCAGGAGCGAAGGAGUGAGAGGACGAGUGAUGGAGAGAGGUGGGGGAUGGGGUGGAUGGGGGGAGCAACAGACAAGAGCAACACGAGUGAUGAGAGAAGAUGAAUUGAAAACAAAGGAAAAGGGUGAUGGGAGGACGGGAGGGUGGGAUUGAAGAAUGAAAGGAGGAGAGGAAGAGGCUUUAUUAAGAAAAUAAGAUGAUGUGAAAUUUUCAAAAAGGAUAACACGAUGAAGAUCAUGUGAAGAAAUAAGCACCAUUUUUUUUGCUCUCGUCAUCCAGAAUUCAGAUGGAAAACUUGAGCCAACGGUGCGAAAAGGAGACCCUGGAAUCUUUAGAGACACUAAAAGAGGAGAGAUGGUGAUGUGCCAUUGGACGAAAACGAGCUGUGGGUGGAGCCUGGCAUCAAGGGCACACUGGAAUGAAAGGACCCAGAGUGUGUAUGUGUGUCUUUGUGUGUAUGCAAUUCUGUGUGUGUGUGUGUGUGUGAAUAUGAGUUAGUGUGGGUGUGUGUGUGUGUAUGUGAAAAUGAGUUAGUGUGGGUGUGUGGGUGUGUAUGCAAGUUUGUGUGUGUGUGUAUAUGCAAGUUUGUGUGUGUAUGUGAAUGGGUUUGUGUGUGUGCUCUGCGCGUUUGCCCCAGGCACGGCAGAAGGCGUGUGUUUUAAUUCCUCUUGUACAGAGCACAGGGACUUUUGUGAACAGACUAACUGGCGAGAUCGAGACGGUAUCUGGCCGCCACCACAGCAGAACAGAGGAGGGCCGCGCGCGCGUCAUGCUUCUCCGCUUUUUCUGCGCGACUCUUUUUGACCUUUUGUCAUCUCGCUAACGCAACAACAGCAGCUUGUGCUGGACAUGGUUCUGGUUUUGUUUGUGCUACGGCAGUGAUUCUCAAAGUGUGGUCCGGGGACCACUGGUGGUCCGCGACAGAGCUCAGGUGGUCCGCGAGGGGAUUUCUGCUUUUCCAAGACACACUAGCAGAAGGCUAUAUUUGUAACAUUAUUACAAAGCCAAACAUGUCUGAAGUCAUAUGUUCACCACAAUAAGACAGGCUUGUAAAUGUAAAUAAAAACGAAGUGAUCUGCAUCAAAUUUAGCGAUGUCGAAUUGGCACUUGUCAACUGUCAAUUCAGUUGACACGUGGUCCCUGAACAUUUUUGUUGGGACAAAGUGGUCCUCGGUCUAAGAAAGUUUGAGAAUCACUGUGCUACAGUCUCCCUUCAGCGUCCCGGGACCUGUACUUAGAAACUGGUUGAGGAGUAAAUCAGGUUAAAUUAGGAGGUAAA